GUGAUAAUAUGCCCAUAUAUCAUAUAUUGCAUUUCAUGGUGGCAUCUGAACUCCUCUUUACCAUUAAUAAUUGUCAUCUCUCCGCUCUCCUCCACCAUGAAAAAGCCAAUCAAAAUAGCGUCUCAUCCGCCAUGCACCCUCUUCCUGCUCUUCGCCUCCGUCUCACUCUUCUGCACGUCUACACGAGCUGCCCAAGAGCUUCUCAUAGGUUUCAAAGCAACGCUGAAUCCUUCAGUUUCAUCAUUCCAAUCUCUCCUCGACGAUUCCACGGGCAACUUCUCUUUUGGUUUCCUCCGAGUCAACUCCACCCACCUCGCUCUCGCCGUCCUUCAUGUCCCUUCAAACGAACCACUCUGGCUCGCCAGUCCUACCCAAUUGGCUCCAUGGUCAGACCACACCCAACUCGUCUUCAAUGGCAGUCUCGUAAUUUUUGACUCAACCGGGAGGGUGUUUUGGUCAACCGGCACAGAAGGUGACCGAGUUGUGCUUCUCAACACCUCCAAUCUUCAAGUACAGAACUUCGACAAUUCCCAAACUGUCCUUUGGCAGAGUUUUGAUUUUCCCACAAACACCCUCGUUGAGAAUCAGAAUUUCACUUCUACCAUGGCUCUAGUUUCUUCCAAUGGACACAAAGCGCUAGAGGCCAAGGCAAGUAUUGUUGAAGGCGGCGGACCCGUUUACAUCCGGGUCAACCCGGAUGGGUACCUGGGCAUGUACCAAAACGGAAGCAAGCCGGUGGAUGUUGAAGCCUUUAGCAGCUUUCAACGGAACAACAACGGAUUCCUUAUUUUCCGAUUGGAACAGGACGGAAAUCUCAAAGGGUACUACUGGGAUGGGUCCAACUGGGUCUUGGAUUACCAGGCGAUUUCCGACACGUGUGAGUUGCCCAGCCCUUGCGGUUCGUACGGUUUGUGCACACCCGGAUCAGGGUGUUCCUGUUUGGAUAACCGGACCGAGAUUUCCUCCGGCAAGUGCGUGGCUUCGUAUCCCGAUAACUUGUGCAGCGGCGGCGGCGGCGGCGGCGGAGGAGGAGGAGAAACGAGAAAUGACUUCACGGUUUUGAGGAGGAACGGCGUCGAGUUACCGUUUAAAGAGUUAAUGACGCACCAAACGACGUCGUCUCAACCCCAAUGUGAGGGAUUAUGCGAACGGAACUGUAGCUGUUACGGUGCGGUGUACAAUAACGGAUCCGGGUUCUGUUACCUCGUGGACUACCCGAUCCAAUCUUUGUUGGUUGUGGGCGACGAGAGUUAGAUGGGAUAUUUUAAAAUACGUGAGGAGGCGGGGAGGAAAAAAAUCACGGCAGGUCUCGGCGUCGGGAUUGGGCUAUUAGGUGGGGCCAUAGUGUGCAUGGUUGCGGCGGUCGGGGUGGGGAGUUAUAGGAAAUGGAGGAGAAAGCGACGGGUUAAACGGAUGUUGGAGGAGGAUGAAGAGAGUGGGGCUAUACCCGGGCCGUAUAAGAGUCUCGGGUCGGCUAGUUUUAGGUCCAUUGAGAUGACGUAAGGAAUGACAUUUUUUGGCCUUUUUGGUGGGGUUUCACUCACUUUGUGUUGUUGCCUCAGUCUUAGUGCUUGUGGGGUCAACUAACAUUUUUACUAUACUAAUAACUUUUUUUUUUUUUU